UGUGUGAUAAGCGCUUGUUUGGAUCAAGAUUUGUUGGUCUUAUCAGUAAUAGUGUCCUUUUAGCCUUACUUUUUGUUUAUUUUCAUCGGGUUCGCAUUGAUUUGACUCAGAGUCUGAAAUGGAGCUAGCAUCCAUAGUGUUUAUAUUGCGCGCUGUGGCUUUGCUUUUGCUGCCACUUGCGUUCUUGCUAUUAAAAUUCAGGAAGGACCCGAAAAUAUUUGAACAUCUAACUAAGUUUAAAGGACCAGCCGCUUACCCUAUCAUUGGCUCUGCGCACAACCUAAUUGGGCUCUCUUCCAUUGAAAUUUUCGACAGAAUUUGUUACACUGAUAUCAAAAAGUUCGGCAGACUUUUUAGAGUUUGGGUGCUCAACUCGCCACAAGUGGUCAUUGGUUCGGCGAAAUAUGCAGAGAAGAUUUUGCAAGGCAUGGCGCACCACGCCAAAAGUCAAAAUUACAAAAUCCUGGACAGCUGGAUGGGAAAAGGUCUUCUAACAGCAAACGAUGGAAUGUGGAAGAUACACAGGAAAAUUCUAACACCAGCUUUCCAUUUUAACAUCCUGCACGAGUUUUUGCCAAUUUUCAACAAAUGUAGCAAAGAAUUGGUAGAAAAAUUAGAGGAACCGGCGCAGAGGGGACAAACGAUCGACAUUUUUGAUUAUGUGACACUCUGCGCACUUGAUAUAAUAUGUGAAAGUUCGAUGGGUGCAUCGAUAAACGCACAGCAACAGAAGGACUCUGCCUAUGUCAAAGCAAUUCGAGAGUUGAACGAUUUACUGGUUAAGCGCUAUUUCACGCCCCACCUUCGGGUUGACUGGAUUUACAAUCUCUCCUGGCACAAAUGGAAAACCGAAAGAACAAUAAAAAUUGCUAAUGAUUUCACGGACAAAAUUAUAGAAGACAGGCGGAGGUAUUUAAAAGAAGUGAAAGAGGAAAAGAGCGAAUGUAUUGACGAAUUUACUGAAAAGAGGCGACCACUAGCGUUUAUAGAUCUUCUCUUGGCUGCACAAGACGAGGGCGAGCAGUACAUGAGUAACAAAGACAUCAGAGACCAAGUCAGCACCUUCAUGUUUGAGGGUCAUGACACGGUUACAACAGCCACUUGUUGGGCCCUCUUUAUCAUUGGCACAUACCCAGAAAUACAAGCAAAGGUCGUGGAAGAACUUCACCACGUUUUUGGAAACUCAGGAAGGGCACCAUCAAUGAAUGACCUAAACGAACUGAAAUACCUUGAGCGGUGUCUAAAAGAAACUCUAAGACUGUUUCCUAGCGUGCCAUUCUUCGAGCGUCACCUUCGGGAGGAUCAACCCUUUGAAGGAGGAGUAACUGCUCCUGGAGGAGUGACUGCUUCUUUUAAUGUGUUUGUAAUUCACCGGGACCCUGAGCAAUUCCCAAACCCUGAAAAGUUUGACCCCGACCGAUUUCUACCUGAAAACUCCAUAGGCCGUCAUCCAUACGCCUAUCUCCCGUUCAGCGCUGGGCCACGAAAUUGCAUCGGACAAAAGUUUGCAAUGAUGGAGGAAAAAAUUGUAGUGUCAACAGUGCUGCGUCACUUUGUUGUUGAGGCUGCUCACUCUAUAGAAGAGGCGCAAAUGAAGGUUGGGCUAGUACUGAAACCAGAAAACGGACUGAAAAUCAAACUUCGCAGGAGAUCAGGAGCAGACGAAGACUUAGCUAUUUCAUCAGCCAAAAUGGAUUACUCGUGGCUCGCGACGUUGCUAAGGGUGUUGCUUCUUUUUGUGGCACCCCUCGCCUUCCUUACGUACAAGAGCUUGAAACAUUUCAAGUUUGUGUCGAUCGUGGAACGAAUUCCGGGGCCAUGGGCAUUGCCUCUGAUCGGCAACGCAUCACUCAUGAUGCGCCUCAGCUUGUCAGAGAUGUUUCAGUUUUUGAGCACCAACGCCUUUACCGAAUUUGGACACCGGGUGCGGCUUUGGCUGGUGGACCAACCACAUAUAAUGAUUACCAAAGCGAGCGACUGCGAAAAAAUUAUGAAGGGCAUGCAGCACCAUAUGAAAAGUUUAAACUACGACUUGAUGCUCAAGGAGUGGAUGGGGGAGGGCCUUUUGACAUCUAAAGAUGAUAAAUGGCGCGUGCACAGGAAAAUUUUGACACCUGCAUUCCACUUCAACAUUUUGCACGAAUUCUUGCCGAUUUUAAGCAAAAAUAGUCAAAUUCUGGUCGAGCAACUCAGUCAACUUCCUGAAUAUAAAUCUGGAAAGGACUUUAAUAUUUUUGAAACUGUCUCGUUGUGCGCUUUGGACAUUAUUUGCGAGAGUUCCAUGGGCACAGUGAUCAACGCACAAAGGAGCUCGCAGUCACCUUACGUACAAACCGUCAACAAGCUGAACGAGCUUAUUGCGAUGAAGUACUUCUCGCCUCGGCUUAGAUUUAAUAUUUUCUACAAAUUUUCCAAAGUUAAAAGAGACACGGACUACCAUCUGAAAGUAUCAGCAGACUUCACCGACAAAGUCAUCAGAGAAAGGAGGCAAUACCUGAACUCGCUCCGGAAGGAAAAUGAGGCUGGAAGAAAAGGUGAAAAGAAGCACUUGGCAUUUUUAGACAUGCUCCUGGACGCCGAGAUGCGGGGAGAGAAAUACAUGACCGACAAAGACCUGAGGGACCAAGUCAGCACAUUCAUGUUUGAAGGCCACGACACCGUGACAACGGGUACGUGCUGGGCCCUCUUCAUGCUUGGCACUCACCCUGAAAUCCAAGAAAAGGUAGUAGAGGAACUUGACCAGGUUUUUGGAGACACGGGGAGGGCACCGACGAUGAACGACAUCGCGGAGUUGAAACUACUCGAGCGUUGUGUGAAGGAAUCUCAGCGACUUUACCCUAGUGUUCCCUUUUACCAAAGACACCUUCGAGAGGAUGCAGUGCUGGAUGAUGGAACCGUGAUACCAGCUGGAUGCAGCGUUGGAUUUUCAGUAUACAGAGUUCACAGGGAUCCUGAGCAAUACCCCGACCCUGAGAAAUUCGACCCUGACAGAUUUUUGCCCGAAAAUGCAGUGGGUCGGCAUCCAUACGCAUAUUUACCCUUCAGCGCCGGACCCAGGAACUGCAUUGGACAAAAAUUUGCCCUGAUGGAGGAAAAGGUCGUUAUUUCGACUUUACUAAGGAAAUUCCGAGUAGAAGCGGCGCACAAACCUGAAGAGGCGGAAUUACAGAUGUCACUGGUCUUGCGUCCGAAGAACGGUUUACGCAUCAGGCUCUAUGAGCGCACUUCACACCCACACCUUGCGAUGCAGGCUUGAGAUUAAAGAGAUGUACGAUAAAAAGUAUUUGACAGGCGAAAAGUGAUAUUGUUUAGAUCAAAAGGCUUAAUUACUGCGUAGAAAAAUAUAGAAAAUGGUGUUGGGUAUGGGAAGCUAAGAUAAUAACAAAAGUCCUAAAAAAAUAUUAAUAUUUUUUCGAUUAAAUUAUAA